ACGUUAAACACGUUUACACAAAAUGUUAGAACCGAUUGCUAAUUAAACAGUGCGUGUUAACAAACCGAAUAAAAAUGUUACCUCAGAACUUGAUUAUAACAAUAGUUUUAACCGCUAUUUUCGUCGAAAAACACACCGAUGCUUACUGCAUCCCUUGCCCUAGACCUGGCAUCACCCUCUCGUCCUUCACAAACUGCGAGUGCCCUUUAAACCAGUUCUACAACGAAGACACCAACUCCUGCGUCCCUUACAUCCAGUGCCCUAUUCCACCCCACCGUAACCCUUUGCCCGAACUUAAAGCCCUCCUUCCGUCACUUCCGUCCCUUCCAAACACAAUGGAUCUCCUCAGUCCCAGCAACCCCCCUAAAGACCUCAUCUUAGUCAUAAAGGCCCUAAAUAAACGAAUCGACGCCGUAAAACGAAACAUUCCUUCACUCCUUGGCCCUAUCGUCGCGACCGUUGCCCUUAAAAACAAGGACCUUUUUGAAACCUGCGACGGCAACGUCAAAUGCGUCAUCCGAGAGGCGCUAAAGCGGGAGAAAAACUACGAAGUGAUUUUCCCCAAAUUGAAAAACGUUUUCAAUUCGAUGAUUAAAAUUUUUUACGGCAUUUUCGACGAUUUGAAAAAAAUGGUCAAGGAAUCGUGCGUGAAACCCACGGAUUGUCCAGCGAUUCGCGGGUUGUUGAAGUUUAGGGAGUUCUUCCCGGGGAAUUUUGAGGAGUUGAGAGAUCUCAUUCAGAUUGGCGUACAGGUUAACAAGUAUUUUUUGAAAGAGUUGAAGCCGUAGGAGUUUGUUAAAUUAAAUGAAAAUACUGUAAUGGCUUUCGUAAUAAAAAACUAAUUCUUUUA